UCCUCAACCUCCCUUUUUUCUUCUCCCCUCCCCCCCUCCCUCCCUCCUUCCCCACUUUCCUCCUCUCUUUCUCCCGCAGCAGCGUAACCCGAAUCCCCAUCGGCCAGGCCAAGGUGGUCCUCCUGCUGCCCCUGAGCCAGGAGCCCCUCGGAAGAGCAGCCGAGCCUCCCCCCCCCCCCCUUGACUGAAGCCCCCUCCCCAAAAAACCCCUGGAAGCGGCUCUGACCCCAGGUGACCCCCCCCUCCUCCUCCGUGGCUCCCCUUCCGCCCCUUUCCUUGGACUGCUGAGCCCAUCCUCCCUUCCUUCCCAGGCUCCCCCAUGCUUGGCUUCCCAGGGCAUCCUGGGACGGUGGCCGGGUUCAUUCAGUUCAUCCCCGGAUCUCACCGCCACGUUUGGUCCUUAAAAUGCCCCCCCCCCCCCGUUGGCCUCCCCACGGGGCAGAAUCUGGGCAGAAAGGAGACUACGGGGCCCAUAAGUCUCUGCACCGGACUGAAUAUUGCUGAAAUAUUUCCUGUUACAGGUGACAAUUUGGGGACUUUUGUGGAGGGCUGCUGAGCGACAGGACAACCCCAAAAUCGACCAUUCUUGGACUCUGUCUGGUUCCUCUUGAACGCUUGAAGCCAGGAGGACUUUGGCCUGCGCUAUGCCAGAAAAGGGGGACCUUUACGUGGGAGCCUUCUUGCAACCGGAUGACCUCACCUUCUUACCGCAGGUGAAGAAGCGCCAAGACGGAGCAAAAGGGGACUCUUUAAAAUCCGGCCUGCCGACCGGAUGGAAGUUUGCAGACUUACGCAGGGCUGAACGGGAGAAGGAGGGAGAGAAGGCUGGCUUUUGCUCUGAGAGGCCGGCGCUCGGACGCUGAAGCUUCCUGCCUGUCCUCGCCUGGGAGGGGGAGAAAUCUAUGGGUCAGCAACCUGGAAAGGUUCUGGGCGACCAACGGAGGCCCAGUCUCUCUGCCCUGCACUUCAUCAAGAGCGGGGUGAGGAAGGAAGGGCCGUCGUCGAAGCAAGGGGGCACCCAUUGCAACGUCUUCCUGGAGCAUGAAGCGCUGCAACGGCCUGUCGCCUCAGAAUUCGAGCCGCAGAGCCUGAACGAAGCUGCCCGCUGGAAUUCCAAAGAAAAUCUCCUUUCUGCUCCGGGUGAAAAUGAUCCCAAUCUUUUUGUGGCCUUGUACGACUUCGUCGCCAGCGGUGACAACACUCUCAGCAUCACUAAAGGGGAAAAGCUUCGUGUCCUGGGUUACAACCACAACGGGGAAUGGUGCGAAGCCCAGACGAAGAACGGACAAGGCUGGGUGCCCAGCAACUACAUCACCCCCGUCAACAGCUUGGAGAAGCAUUCGUGGUACCAUGGGCCGGUGUCACGCAACGCGGCGGAGUACCUGCUGAGCAGCGGGAUAAACGGCAGCUUCUUGGUCCGGGAAAGUGAGAGCAGCCCUGGCCAGAGGUCCAUUUCCUUGAGAUACGAGGGGAGAGUCUACCACUACCGCAUCAACACGGCCUCCGACGGGAAGCUUUACGUCUCCUCGGAGAGCCGCUUCAACACGUUAGCUGAGCUGGUCCACCAUCACUCGACGGUGGCCGACGGGCUGAUCAUCACGCUCCACUACCCGGCCCCCAAGAGGAACAAGCCCACCAUUUACGGCGUCUCCCCCAACUACGACAAGUGGGAGAUCGAGCGGACCGACAUCACCAUGAAGCACAAACUCGGGGGAGGACAAUACGGGGAGGUGUACGAAGGCGUCUGGAAGAAGUACAACCUCACCGUGGCCGUCAAGACCCUCAAGGAAGACACGAUGGAGGUGGAAGAAUUCUUGAAAGAGGCCUCCGUCAUGAAAGAAGUCAAGCACCCAAAUUUGGUGCAAUUACUGGGGGUCUGCACGAGGGAGCCCCCCUUCUACAUCAUCACGGAGUUCAUGACCUACGGGAAUCUGCUGGAUUUCUUGAGGGAUUGCAACCGGCAAGAGGUGAACGCGGUGGUCCUCCUCUACAUGGCCACCCAGAUUUCCUCCGCCAUGGAGUAUCUGGAGAGGAAGAAUUUCAUCCACAGGGACCUGGCUGCCCGAAACUGCCUGGUGGGGGAGAACCACCUGGUGAAGGUAGCCGAUUUUGGCUUAAGCAGAUUGAUGACGGGGGAUACUUACACCGCUCAUGCUGGGGCCAAGUUCCCCAUCAAGUGGACUGCGCCGGAGAGCCUCGCCUACAACAAAUUCUCCAUCAAAUCGGACGUCUGGGCUUUUGGGGUCUUGCUCUGGGAAAUCGCCACCUACGGCAUGUCCCCCUACCCUGGGAUCGACCUCUCGCAGGUCUAUGAACUUUUGGAGAAGGACUAUCGCAUGGAGCGUCCCGAGGGCUGCCCGGAAAAAGUCUACGAGCUCAUGCGAGAGUGCUGGCAGUGGAGCGCAUCGGAGAGGCCGUCCUUUGCCGAAAUCCACCAAGCAUUUGAGACGAUGUUUCAAGAAUCCAGCAUUUCAGACGAGGUGGAAAAGGAACUGGGGAAGAAAACGGUGAAAUGUACGGUCAACCCAUUUUUGCAAGCACCAGAGCUGCCCACGAAAACCAGGUCGUCUCGAAAAAUGGCGGAAUGGAAGGAGGUCGAGAGCUUAGAGGGGGGGCCUGCCAAAAUCCCGGCAGAAACGGACUCUACAGAGCCCGAGCCGGCUGUGUCCCCUGUACUGCCGCGGAAGGAACGGACUGCAGCCGACGGGAGUUUAAACGAAGACGACCGUUUGAUCCCCAAAGACAAAAAGACCAAUCUUUUUAGCGCUCUGAUCAAGAAGAAAAAGAAAACGGCGCCCACCCCUCCGAAGCGGAGUAGUUCCUUCCGGGAAGCGGAGGUGCACCUGGAGCAUAGAGGAGGAGGAGGAGGAGGAGGGGAGGACGAGACCAAAGAGAGCAACAACGGCGGUUUGCUCACACACCCUGCUGAUCUAGAGGACCGUUCCCGGUUCCCCAACCCCAGCAAUGAGGCUGCCAGCGUUGCCAAUGGGACUGGGAGCUCCAGUCUUUUGACGCCAAAUGUUUGGAAGAAAUCGUGGUCCUCGGCCAAUAAUCGCCAGGGUCCCAACGAAGAGGAUGGCAGCUCGAUCUCCAGCAAGCGCUUCUUGCGUUCCUGCUCUGCCUCUUCCGUUCCCCACGGGUCCAGGGACGCCGAGUGGAAGUCGGUCACCCUCCCUCGGAACCCGCAGUCCGUGGGGCACCAGUUUGACUCCUCCACCUUUGGGGGCCACAAGAGCGAAAAGCCCGCCCUGCCUCGGAAGCGAGCCAGUGAGGUGAAAGCUGACCUGGCCAGCAGGGGAAUGGUCACCUCGGGUCCUCGGCUGCUGAAGAAGAACGAGGAGACACUGGAAGAGAGUUCCAAAGAGGCCGAGUGUACCCCGGGCUCCAGCCCGCCCAGCCUUACCCCUAAGCUCACCCGGAGGCAGCCUUUGCUUCCUUCUGCUUCUGGGGGUCCUUUGGUGGAGCAGACCACGGUAGGCAAGGCUCCCCUGGGCAUCUUUGCUGGCAAAGCCCUGGCCGAGGAGUCCCGUCUACGAAAGAUGAAGCCAGAGAAGGAAAAAGGGAAGCUGUCGAAGCUCAAACUUGCCCCACCUCCUCCGGUCUUGAACUUGGGUAAAAAUGGCAAGGGGGGUCCUGGGCCAAGCCACGAAGGGCCAGAAGGGUCCCUGGCCAAGAGCAAGCUGACAGUCGUGGCUGCGGAGCCCAUCAGCGCUGAGACCCCCAAGUCCGGGUUGUCCACCGAGGGAAACAAAAAGCCACUGAUGUCCUCCGUACCAAAGUCUCCCUCCGCCAAACUGCUCUUCGGUUCCCCUUCUCCGUCGCCCCCCACCAUCUCGUCUGCUCUGGCUGCAGACCAACCUCUCUCCACGGCCUUCAUCCCCCUCAUUUCCACCCGCGUGUCCCUCAGGAAGACCCGCCAACCUCCUGAGAAGAUAGCGAGCGGCACCGUCACAAAGGGGACGGUCCUGGAGAGCUCCGAUGCCCUGCGGACCGCCAUCAACAAGAACUCAGAGCAGAUGGUCAGCCACAGCGCCGUCCUGGAAGCGGGCAAGAACCUGUACACCUUCUGCGCCAGCUACGUGGACUCGAUCCAGCAGAUGCGGAAUAAGUUUGCGUUCCGAGAGGCCAUCAACAAACUGGAGAACAGCCUCCGGGAGCUUCAGAUUUGCCCUGCCACGGUUGGCGGAGGUCCGACCGCCACCCCGGAUUUUAGCAAAUUGCUCGGCUCGGUCAAAGAAAUCAGCGAUAUCGUCCAGAGGUAGCAGAAGUGGGGAGAUCAUCAGUGGCCCACAUUGUUGAUUUCUGGGACAAAACAAUGGGACCUCACACCUCAGAGAGACAACACACAAAUUUAGCCACGUGGACUGUAUCUUAGUUGUCCUCUGGGGUUGUCCAAGACCGUCAACUUUGAGCCUUCCGUUGCUUGAAUGGCUCUCACCCUCAGGAUAUGCUCAUCCAUUGCUCCUCACAACCACCUUGUCAAACAAGAACCCCCUCCCCAUACACCUGCCCACCCUCCCCAUAUCCAUCUUUCUCACCUGCAAUUUCCCUCGGGUUUCCUUCUUAAUUCGGGGGCCUCCAAAUCCUGUGAAGCUUAAUUGGUCUUAGUGUCACAUCCUUUGGGACGCUCUAACAAAUGCUUUGCUUGCUCUCGGUGUGAGCUUUGCGUUGAAAGGGGGGGCUGCGGGACACCCCUUGUCUCGGCCAAAUGGACGGCAGGUUGCUUCCCUUGGCCCUCUUGGCACCUGGUCCGGUGCAGAAGAGCAGGCUCACGUGUGAAGGUUCAAUUAAGCUACUCUAUUGCCAAAAGCCCACGCACAGGAAUCAUCUCGGCUAGGCGCCUGCUAGGCGUUCGAUAAAGGUCAACGGAACCCAAGGGAUGUUGGACUUAGUGCAUGGGGAUUCUAGGCUUCUGCCUCUUUUCACGCCACCCCCCCCCUUGGUUCUGCCACUCCUUCUCCACACAGGGCUGCGUUCACACAGCCCAUUUUCUCUCUCUAAGAGCCGAGGUGGCGCAGUGGUUAGGGUGCAGCACUGCAGGCCACUUCAGCUGACUGCAGUUCUGCAGU